UUAGAUAUAAAAUUCCAAACAGCUAGAAGAAUUCUUCAUGAUCGCUCAGACACCUCUGAAUGCCACGAAAGUUUCAAGUUUUGAGAAAGCUUCAUGCGCUCUAUAUAACCCAAGGAGUUAAUUUUUCCGCAGGAUGGGCCCAAGUCAUUAGAAGCUACCUCUCCCAUGGCUUUCCCAUGGAAGCACUUAUUGUUUACACCCAAAAUCUAACAUGCAGAACUCAACAGUCCUUUCUUCCUCUCAUUCUUAAAAUAUGUGGCUCCCAUUCUCUCCUUCUUCUCGGUGAAUCUCUGCAUUCAGAGUCCAUCAAAGCCGGAACUGUUCAUGAACUUCUAACGGGCACUACAUUUGUUUCCAUGUACGGUAAAUGCAAGAAGGUAGCUCUUGCUCGCAAGUUCUUUGAUGAAAUGCCUGUGAAAAAUUUGGUCACAUAUAAUUCCAUGAUUGGGGGUUACUGCAUGAAUGGUGAUCUGGUAUCUGCUUCUGCACUUUUCCAUCUGACUCCUGGAAGGACACCAGUGACAUGGGCUGUGAUGAUUGAAGGCUAUGCAGGAAUUGAAAAUCUUGCUGCUGCUAGAAAGAUUUUUAAUUCAACCCCACCAUGGAUGAAGACUGUGGUUACAUGGACAGUGAUGAUCAACGGCUAUGCCGCCAAUGGUGAAAUGGAUGCGGCGCGGGAGCUGUUUGAGGAAAUGCCGGUGAAGAAUGCCUAUGUGUGGUCAUCCAUGAUCACUGGAUGCUUCAAAAAGGGCAAUGCUUGUGAGGCAAAGGCUCUGUUUGAUCGAAUUCAAGCCCCUAAUUUGAUUAAUUGGAAUGCAUUGAUUGCAGGGUAUGCAAAGAUUGGAUUUUGUGAGGAGGCUUUGGGAGCUUUUAGACAAAUGCAGGAGUCUGGAAUUGGGCCAGAUGAGUUCACAGUUUCUUGUAUUUUGUCAGCCUGUGCCCAGUUGGGUUCCUUAGAUUCUGCCAUGGAAGUACAUGAGUUUAUUCGGAGGAGGAAGAUAAAGAUGAACUGCUUUGUCCUGAAUGGUCUGGUUGAUAUGUAUGCAAAGUGUGGGGAUCUUGACAAAGCUCGAAGAAUCUUCAAUACAAUGAUUAUAAGGAAUGAUUCAUGCUGGAAUUCAAUGAUAUCUGGUCUUGCUUCUCACGGAUGGAGUGAGGAAGCUCUGGAGCUCUUUUCUCUGAUGGAAGCAUCUGAAGUGAAGCCUAAUUCAAUCACAUUCCUUGUGGUUCUUUCUGCUUGCACCCAUGGAGGAUUUGUGGAGCAAGGUCUGCAGAUUUUUAGGAGUAUGCACAAGUAUGGGUUGAAGGCAGGAGUGGAGCAUUAUGGCUGCUUGGUAGAUCUGUUUAGUAGAGCAGGCAGGCUAGGUGAAGCUUAUAAUGUUAUCAAAAUAAUGCCAAUGAAGCCUAAUGAGGUGGUGUGGGGUACUUUGCUUGGUGCCUGUCGAGUUUAUUCAGAUAUGGAGAUGGCAGAUCAGGUGGUACUGGAAGCAAAUAACACAAAUAUCAGUAUUUCAUCAGUUAAUGAUGCAGAUUACGUCUUGCUGUCAAAUAUUUUUGCAGCAGCAGAAAACUGGGAGAAAGCUGAGAAGAUGAGGAGGAAAAUGGUCGAAAAUAAACUAACAAAGACGCCAGGCUGCAGUUCAAUUGGAUUAGGGGAGUCUAAACAACAUUGUGAUAUUUAUUGGAAUGGACAAAUGGUUACUAAAACUCUUCUCAGCUAUUAAAUUUUACAGUAUUUUUUUAUUUUUCUAUUAACUGACCGUUAUAAACCCUAAAAUCACCAUUCCUAAAGCCUUUUCCUAGCCAAGUUGAUAAUGAUAAGGGCUUCGAAGACCUCUGAAACUGUCGUUGAAAUGCAACUUGCACUUCCUUGAAACUGAACUAGCUAACCUAUCCUCAUAUUUUGCUUAAUUUUUCAAGUUCAACUUGGGCUUCGAUGGAUUGCAGGGGUGGUACGAGGUUAUGU